AUGAGUCGUUACACUUUAGCUAUUGUGGGAUGUGGUGUUAUGGGCCAAGCAUUGUUGAGUGCUAUUUACAAUGCACCAAAAGCCAGCGAUGAAGCUCUUCAAUACUAUCCAAGCAAGAUCAUCGCUUGCAAUGACGUUCCAGCCAGCGCAGAGCUUGUGGAGAAAUUGGUUAGCGGGUUUGAAACUUCGCCAAACGGAAUUGAGGUCGAAAUUGCUACCAAUGAUAAUGAAAGAGCUGUUGCCGAAGCGAAAGUAAUCAUUCUUGGAUUGAAACCUCAUAUCGUGGAACCAGUCUUGCAGCAAAUCCCUAACGAGGACGGGUCCAAGCUUUUGAUCUCUUUGGCUGCCGGUGUUACAUUGAACCAAUUGUCUCAAUACUACAAAAAGGUUUCUCGUGUUAUGACCAACACUCCAGCUAAAUACGGUUAUGGUACUGCAAUUGUGUCACAUUCUACUAGCGUCGAGCCUCAGGAUAAAGCCAUUGUAUCGGAAUUGGUUAGCCAAGUCGGUAAAUGUUUGGAACUACCAGAAAAAAAUAUGGACGCAGCUACUGCGCUAGUCGGCUCGGGUCCAGCUUUUGUACUACUAAUGCUAGAAUCAAUGAUGGAAGCCGGACUAAAGAUGGGCAUCCCAUUGAAGGAGUCCCGCGAGUGUGCUAUGAAAGUGUUGGAAGGUACUGCCAAGAUGGUCGAGAUUUCAGGACAAAGUCCUGGUGUGUUGAAGCACCAAGUGUGUACUCCAGGAGGUACUACGAUCGCUGGUCUAUGUGUCAUGGAAGACAAGGGCGUCAAGUCCGGCAUUAUCCGUGGUAUCGAAGAAGCAGCAAGAGUUUCCAAGGAAUUGGGCCAAAAGAAGUGA